AUGUCUUCCUCCACGGUACGCAAGCGCCCACCUGCCAUUACCGCCGCCACCGCCAGCUCCGGGGACGUCUCGCCGUGGACGACCCUGCACGGGGAUCUGGUCCGCCUCGUCGGAUGGCGGGUGCUCGCCGGGGACCUACUCGACUACGUCCGCUUCCGUGCCGUCUGCCCGUACUGGCGGUCCAGCACCGUCUGCCCGCGCGGCCAGGGACUCGUUGAUCCGCGGUUUCACCCGCGCCGCUGGAUGAUGUUGCCCGAGGAGCACGGACUCCAUCCCCGUGAAGACGGCAAGAAACGUUUCUUCAACCUGUCCACUGGAGUCUUCGUCCGCCCUCGACUUCCUCUUCUUAGAGACCACUUCGUCCUCUGCCCAGCAGAUGGCCUGCUCCUCGUCCUGCGGCCGCGGACAUACACCCAGGGCGACCAUCCAUGCCUCCUCCACCCCUUCACGGGCGACGUUGUGGAGCUCCCGGCAGACAUAACUCUCCCAGAAAACUUGAAAAGACGCUUGUUACCGAUCAACGUGUUCGCUGCUGUGAGUACAAGUCCAGAUGGAGUCCUUGGGGUCAUGGUCACGUUUCAGAAUACACCAUUCAUACUCUUUGCUAGCACAAAUGACAAGCGGUGGAGUUUAUGUGCCUUUCCGGGCUUCCGCCCACACCCACAUGCGAGCCCAUUAUCAUUCAAAGGACAACUUUACAUGUUGCAGGAGCAGAUAUCUAGCUUGGAAGUAAAUAUUCUCCGGUUCGACCCACCUUGGCAAGAUCACUCAACGACAUUGGGUUUAGCUUCGUCUUCCUUGUUGUCACCCAAGUUGGUUGCCACAUGUCCCGCGGAUAAGUUCCACUUGCCCGAGCUGGUAGAAUGCGACUCCGAGAUCCUGGUGGUUGGCAAUAAAGAAACUACACAUAUUCUUAUUUACAGAUUAGCGGAUCUUGCCCAAGGAAAGUUUGUCCCAGUAAAAAGCAUCGGAGGAAAUGCUCUUUUGAUUGAUAGUAAAAGGAACCCGAGUUUUAGUUUGUCGGCGGUGCCUACCACCACGGGUGAUACCAUUGUGCUUGCAGAUCGCACCCCUGACAAAUAUACUUUUCAAUACCACCUCAGCAGCGAUACCUGGUCAUCAAGAGUUGGGGGAUGUGCAGAACAUGGUUGUAGCAUGGAGUGUUGUACUUGUAGCCUCAUUGACCAUAUGUGCAAUACCUGUCGAUGUGUUUCUAAGUGGGACACACGUGGUGGAAUAAUCAGUCCGGCCAGGUGGAAUAAUAAUCAGUUCAUUGCGAACCAUAAUGCAGGUCAUAUCUAG